AUGAACAGCUUACGUGUGCACCAUAGAAAGAGACACGAGCGCACCAUAGAUUCAUCCAGAUCAAUACUACAAAACCCAUCGUCCUCAUGGCCAGGACAGGCCCCUGACCAACAUUCAACGAGACUAGUCCGGCAGUCAUGUCUCCAGUGCCUCGACCGCCUAGACAAGUUAGAGCGUCGUGUGCACGAGGAAAUCCAGGAGAUCCGCAGCCUCUUUAAGAAUGUCCUUGAAAAUGACGAGUCAGAUGUCACGAUGGAGAAUUCGGGCGAAUAUGAUACCAUUAUCGACUCCCAAGCUAGACUUGAUGGCUUCCAUGCUAUUCCACCGUUUGCAUCUUCGCAUAAACACGGCUUCGUGCCACAGCCUGUAUUCAAUGGAACAUCGUUUGGAGUCACAGGAUCGCUGUUAGAGGGCACAGGUUCUCCAGAAGGUCUAUUGCCCCACGGCACCCGCAGUUUUGCCGACUAUGUAGCGCCUCAGUACAGCAUGUACUCCGAAGGCUUUCCGACAUUUGGUGACCCGCGUGUCGCGAAAUCAUCAUCAGAGAGUGUGGAUGCUCGCCUUGAUUCAUCGCCCCGUGGCACCUCCGACUCCGUUUACAAACCCGCUGCGCGGUUGUUUGCCCCUGUUGUGCAGGCUAGCCAAGCAAAAGACAAAGUAAAGUGCACCAGGGACGGGUGUUCGACACUCGUCAACAAGGAUAACCUGACUCGUCACAUCAACGAGGUGCACGAAGGGAAGAUUAAGGCUGUUUGUCCAGGCUGCAGACAGGGGUUCAAGCGCCCGAAUCUGAUGAAGGAGCAUAUCCUUCGGACCGGAUGUGGAAGAUCAUAG